UAUGUCGUUGUUCCUGGCUUCAUCCUGAGUACCCAUGGCGCCUUCCCGGGAGGAUCGGGAUAUGGACACGCUUAGCGUCCCCAGCAUUCACAUCGAACGACCGACUACCCCUGCCUCGAUAUCGUCACAAUCAUCCGAGCCUCUUGACGCCGAACUGUGGGCACGACAUUCCAUGGUCCUCGAUGCGAACAGCCCGACACUCGAUAGUUCGAGUAUAUACUCGUCGUCGUCGAACUCGUACAUGCCAUCGUCAGGAGCUUCGAGCUCGUUCGUGUCCUCUCCGUCGACACCGGCGGACGAUAGCCCUCCAGGCUACAUCGACACCGUCCAACUCCCUGACGUGGCCGUGAAGUACAGCUUCUCCUCGACCUCCUUUAACACUAUGAUUGUCACCCCCACAUCCGAUGCCGCCGACCUCCGGUCAAAAUACCACAUCUCGAUUGGCAUGAAUUGCUUUACUCCCUUCUCAUAUAUCACUACGAUCCGACGUGGAGGUACGGGGUAUGGGGUGCUCGUCGCCCAAUUCGGGAUGGGCAUGUCGUCAGAGUCAGCCACGGUGACGAUCAAGGACCGCGAGAUGGAGAUCGAUUCGGUGCUAAAGAAAGUUGCUGGAUCGCGCCAAGCGGGGUCUUGGCUAUGGAUUCCCUCCAAGAAGUCCAAAGUACUGACCUGGGACUGCAAGAGCCAGCCUUUCAUGUGCCAUUCCCUCACCACGAAAAGGCCUCUCGCAAAAUUCACGCCCUCACGACACGUCGAGCAGGGGGAGGCGCCUUCCAUAGCUGAACUCGUCGUUAGCCCCGAGGGUCAACAUCACUUCGACGACCUCCUCGUCUCGCUGCUUAUUAUUGAACGAAAACGGUUGGCGCCGGGGAAGAAUAAGCUCGUCAAGCGGCUGUUUAAUUA